AUGGAUGAGGAGACAGUUGUAAAGCUGGAGUCUGAAAUUGAGGAGGAAAGUCAAGCUGAAUAUGUCUCAGAAAAUAAAGACUCUAUUGAUGGGUUCAGGCAGUUUGUUAAAGAACAGUUGCAUAACAUGUGCGGAAAAAAAGGAUCUCCAGAAUCUUCACCUCAACCAUCAUCGUCAGCCUCAUCUUCUAGUCAAGAUUUUCUGGAAAACAGAACAGCAUUUAUACCUUCAGAGACAGGACAGGAGGACAGCGAGGACAUAUAUGACUUUAUACAUGCAGAUCGGGGUCUUGCACUUAUAAUCAACAAUGAGGACUUCAGUCGAAGUAAAAAUUUUGGAUCAAGACCUGGAUCAUCUUACGAUGAGGUGUCUCUCUAUCGGACUUUCAAGAAGUUGGGCUUCAGGGUCUUGGUUAAAAGGAAUUUGACUGCCAGGCAGAUGGUGGAAGUGCUAAAAUUAGUAAAGGAUGAGUAUGAUCACGCAAAUGCAGAUUGUUUUGUGUGUUGUAUCCUAACACAUGGCGAUGAGACAAUCUCUCGUGAGGCUAAUGAAAAACGAGGCCUAAUGAGACAGGAUUUACUGUUUGGUGUCGAUGGGGAGGCCAUACCUACCAGGACUGUUGUGUCGUUUUUCAACGAUAAAUACUGUCCAAAAUUGAAGGGAAAGCCACGCUUAUUUUUCCUACAGGCUUGCAGAGGGAGUAAGUAUGACCAUGGCAUCGAUAUUCAGGUGUCGGGGUCUACACACACUACCAGGACAGUAGGUGGGAAAAACCGAGAUGGAAUCGACAAAGGAAGUCCUGUGGAUCAGACUGAUGCUCGUACCAUCACACGCAAGAAUUCCUUUUCAAGCAGUGUAGAUCCUCCUGAAUACCCUAAGAAUACUUUGGACAGCACAGAUGCCAAACCAGAGGCAAACGUGGCACGGGGAAACCUCAGUCUUCCAGCUGCGGGUGCCUCUGGUGAUAAUGCUGAUAGAUCUCCAGCAAGAGAGGUUCCUGCCUGCCCUACUCCACUGUAUAAGGACUGUUUGGUCAUGUAUGCCACUCCUCCAGGUCACUUUGCCUGGAGGAGGAAGAACGGUGCCUGGUUUGUGCAGAGCUUGUGUGAUGUACUGAAUGCUGACCACAUUGACCAGAUAUCUCUGAUGAAAGCUCUGGUUCGUGUGUCUUAUCAAGUCGCCAUCAACUACCAAUCUGAGAACCCCUACAGACCUGACAUGCAUCAGAAGAAAGAGACCCCAGUCAUUGAAUCCAUGUUGGUCAAAGAUGUGUAUUUUACCAAAAGGAAAUAG